AUGCCAUCUCUCAGCGCCAAGGCAUGGGAGAAAAAGCAUUCCCGCAAACGCAGUAAUGGAACUAUCCUACGUCGAAAUCCAGGACGUGGGGAUGGUUCUACUUGGAAAGGCAGGGGCUACAUUUGCGCAGCCGCGGUCGACGGUUGUUCGGUCGAUAACGUUCACGACGCUGAGGAAUACGACGUAUCAGAGGCUUUUCCCCCUGUCCCAUUUAGCACAACGUUUUCCCUCUUUGAUGGCGCGCAAUUUUUACCCUCCAAGCGCCAGCGCAAAGCCAAGAGCCGACUGGGGGACUUUGAGAUCCUUGAUUCGAAUCCCAAAGUUAUACCCAUCAAUGAUAACUCAGGUAGCGAUACCGACGAGGACGAGUGGGAGAAAGUAGAUGUAUUAGAUAUUUCUGGCAGACGGCGCAUGACAUACUCACAAGUACUCCAGAGCCUAGACGAGAGCUGA